UCCUGGAUGGAAGAAUGGGAAGCUUCCAGCGCAGCUCUAACAAUUCCCUUUCUGUUAUUGCGAGAAGCGCUGCAUCUCCGUCUUGCAUAGACGAACACAGCUAACCAGAGAACUGUCCUCCACAUCCCCGCUACAGGAACUGAAAGGGCUUCAUGCACGAUUGUGCCUGACAUAUUUAAUCUCCGAAUUUGAAGGAACUGCUUGCAUUAGGGAGAUUUUGAGAAGAAAACUUGUUCAUCUGCCGGUGAUAUUUAAAAUAUUUAACAAAACCGAAGCUUGUAACAAAGUUCAUUACACUGACACAGCGGCUGUGUUUACUUGUUUUGAUUUUUUAAAUUUCCUUUACCUAGUAAUUUUGUACACUUUGUCAGCUGUUGCCUUUCACUCUCGAUGAGUAUUGUGACAUGCGGAGACUACUGCAAUCGUGUUGGUGGAUCUCGUCUUUAAUUUUCUCAUCCUUCGUGCUCCUCAGGGCCGAAUGUCAUCCUGCCCGGGCAGGAGAUCAGCCUGGAUCUUUACGAGGAGGUGACCAUGGGAUGGCCGCAGAGACCAGGACCAGGAGGGCUGCCAAGGAGUCCUACUGGGCCUACUCAGGGACGUAUGGGCCUGACAGCUGGGCCUCUGCAUACCCAGAAUGCCGAGGGAGGAAUCAGUCUCCCAUCAACAUCAAUGAUGGGGAUGCACAGGUUUCCAUAACAUAUCAAGAACUCACGCUGGAUGGGUUUCAAAUUGAAUCAUCCAACAAAACCUCCAUGAAAAACACAGGAAAAACCGUGGCCAUCCUGCUGAGGGACGAUUACUUCGUCAGAGGUGCAGGGCUGCCAGGCCGCUUCAAAGCAGAGAAGGUGGAGUUCCACUGGGGUCAGAGCGGGUCAGCUGGCUCCGAACACAGUAUCAACAACAGGAGAUUCCCAGUGGAGGUUCAGAUAUACCUGUACAACCCAGAUGACUUUGACAGCCUCAACACGGCUAUAAGGGAGCGGCGUGUGAUCGCAGCCAUGGCGGCCUUCUUCCAGAUUGGAUUGACGGACAAUCCAGCGAUGGAUCCCAUCAUCCAGGGGCUGAAGGGUGUGGUUCAUCAUGAAAAAGAAACCCUUCUUGAGCCAUUUGUUCUGAGAGACCUGCUUCCUCCCUCCUUGCGGAGUUACUACCGCUACACUGGCUCUCUCACUGUGCCACCAUGCAGCAAGGUGGUGGAGUGGAUCAUCUUCAGCCGGCCUGUGUUCCUCUCCCAACGUCAGCUGGACGCCUUCUAUUCCAUCUUCACCACCGAGCAGCAGGACCAUGUGAAAUCCGUGGAGUACCUAAGGAACAACUUCCGCCCGCUGCAGGACCUGGAUGACCGGGUGGUCUUCAAGUCAGCGGUCAAAGAUGCUUGGGUCCCGGACCUGUCAGAUGCCAGGGAAAAUCUGCAUGGCACAGAGGCUUCCAAAGUGUGCAGUAGCCCCCCUGUCAACAUGAAGGUCCAGCCCCUGAAUAGAACAGCCCUGGUUGUGAGCUGGACCCGACCUCAGAUCGUCUACCACCCCCCUAUCAUCAGCUUCAUGAUCUCUUACAGUUCGUCCAAGAAUGAAGAGUCGUACGAGAUCACCAAGGAUAGCCACCAGGAACUGGAGGCCAUCAUCACACAUGUGAAUCCUGACAACCUGUACCUCUUUAGGGUGCAGGCUGUGUGUCAGAAGGAUCUACGCAGUGAUUUCAGCCAGUCCAUAGUAUUUAGGGCGAACACUACCAGGAUUUUUGAGGGAACCAGAAUAGUGAAAACCGGGAUGCCAACAGCUUCAGCCUCCUCUGCCGAUAUGGCUCCCAUUAGCUCCGGCUCCUCAACUUGGACCUCAUCCGGUCUGCCCUUUUCCUUUGUCUCUAUGGCAACCGGGAUUGGGCCAUCCUCUAGUGGCAGUCAGGCCACGGUGGCGUCUGUGGUGACCAGCACUCUGCUGGCGGGAUUGGGAUUCAGCGGCGGAGUCAUCACAUCCUUCCCCAGUUCCAUGUGGCCCACACGGGCCCCUCCCUCAGCAGCCAGCCCCACUCGCCAAAUGACCAAGCUUGCAGUGCCCACCCCGGAGCCAGCGGCAUCCCAGAGUUCUGAUUCGGACACUAUGACAGAUGCUGAGGGGGUUCAAAAGGGCGAGAAGGCUAGAAAGGGUCAAAGAGAGGAGGGAGAAAAAGAGGGAGAGGAGGAAAAAGAUGAAAAAGAAGAUGAUGACAAAACAAAGAAAGAUAAGACAGCAGCUGUGGAAGGGGGUACUCUGGUCAACAGCACGGUGGCCGGACAACACACUACAACAGGCACUGCAUCAACAGCUAAAGAGAGAACAGGGGAAUCUGUAAUUAAGGAGACAAAGACGGAAUUCACAACAGCGCCAUCUAAUGUUGUGGAGGACAACUUGCUUACAAACACAAAGAGUUCCAUGAUGGAUAUCCAAGAGCCCGACACCUGGGAGACACAGAAUGACACGCUAAAGGUGCAGCUUCCUAAUAGUGUCACUCUUGGGACCAAGACCGAAAGCGAGGAGCGGAACCGUUGGCCCUUCUCCAUCCACACAGAGGAGAACAGCAUCUCCAACAUGACCAAGCACCCCCUGCAUGGUUCCAGCAAGAUGGUCUGGCUCAUCCCCCUGGUGCUGGUGUCUGCUCUCACCUUUGUGUCCCUCAUCCUGCUGCUGGCGUUAAUGGUGUACUGGAGGAGGUUCUUCCAGACGGCUCACUUCUAUGUGGAAGAUUGCAGCUCACCUCGUGUGGUGGUCCAUGAAAGCACCCCUGUUAUCACCAUCCCAGAUGACAUGGACGCCAUUCCGGUUAAGCAGUUCCUGAAGCAUGUCAUGGAGCUGUACUCAAAUAAUCAGCAUGGCUUCUCAGAAGAGUUUGAGGCGGUCCAGCACUGCACAUCUGACAUGAAGAUUACAGCGGAGCAUUCCAACCACCCCGACAACAAGCACAAGAACAGAUACAUCAACAUCAUUGCCUAUGAUCAUAGCAGGGUGAAGCUCCGCCCCCUAGCAGGGAAGGAUGCCAAACACAGCGACUAUAUCAAUGCCAACUAUGUGGAUGGCUACAAUAAGACUAAGGCAUACAUUGCUGCCCAGGGUCCAUUAAAGUCCACCUUUGAAGACUUUUGGAGGAUGAUAUGGGAACAAAAUACAGGCAUCGUCGUCAUGAUCACAAACCUUGUUGAGAAGGGAAGAAGGAAAUGUGAUCAGUACUGGCCCAUGGAGAACAGCGAGGAGUAUGGGAACAUUGUGGUCACGCUGAAGAGCACUAAUGUUCACGCCUGCUAUACAGUGCGACAGUUCCUCCUGAGAAACACGAAAGCUAAGAAGGGCCAGAGGGGACCAGCGAAGGGGAGAGAGAACGAGCGCAUCGUGAUGCAGUACCACUACACGCAGUGGCCUGACAUGGGGGUGCCGGAGUACGCCCUGCCAGUGCUCACCUUCAUCAGCAGGUCCUCAGCAGCACAGAAGGCAGAGCAGGGCCCAGUGGUGGUUCACUGCAGUGCUGGAGUGGGCCGAACAGGGACAUAUAUCGUGAUUGACAGCAUGCUCAAGCAGAUAAAGGAUAAAGGCACAGUCAAUAUUCUCGGAUUCCUCAAACACAUCCGCAUGCAGCGCAACUACUUGGUCCAGACAGAGGAGCAGUACGUCUUCAUCCACGACGUCUUGCUGGAAGCCGUUCUGGGCAAAGAGACAGAGGUGCCAGUCUGUCAGCUCCACAGCUACGUCAACAGCAUCCUGACGCCGAGCUUGACUGGCAGGACUCGGCUGGAGAAGCAGUUUAAGCUGCUGACGCAAUGCAAUUCUCGCUACGUGGACUGCUUCAGUGCGCAGAAGGACUGCAACAAGGAGAAGAACCGCAACUCCUCUGUGGUGCCCUCUGAACGAGCACGGGUGGGUCUGGUGCCAGUUCCUGGGAUGAAAGGCAGUGAUUACAUCAAUGCCUCCUACAUAAUGGGCUACUACAGAAGUAACGAGUUUAUCAUCACCCAACAUCCCUUGCCCCACACGACAAAGGACUUCUGGAGGAUGAUCUGGGACCACAAUGCACAGAUCAUUGCAAUGCUCCCUGACAACCAGGGUUUGGCUGAGGACGAGUUUGUGUACUGGCCGAGUAGAGAGGAGGCCAUGAACUGCGAGGCUUUCACCGUCACGCUCAUCAGCAAGGACCGACUGUGCCUCUCCAAUGAAGAGCAGAUCAUCAUCCAUGACUUCAUCCUGGAAGCUACGCAGGAUGACUAUGUGCUGGAGGUACGCCAUUAUCAGUGUCCUAAAUGGCCCAAUCCAGAUGCCCCGAUCAGCAGCACUUUUGAGCUCAUCAAUGUCAUCAAAGAGGAGGCCAUGGCUCGAGAUGGACCAACCAUAGUGCAUGAUGAAUUUGGGGCAGUUUCAGCUGGAAUGCUGUGUGCCCUCACCACUUUAUCACAGCAGAUGGAGAAUGAGAGUGCUGUUGAUGUCUACCAGGUGGCCAAAAUGAUCAACCUCAUGCGACCUGGAGUUUUCACAGACAUUGAACAGUACCAGUACCUUUACAAGGCUGUGCUCAGCUUGGUCAGCACCCAUGAAAACGGGAUGGCUCCCAUGUCCAUGGACAGAAACGGCACUGUGGUGAUUGUUGACGAAUCAGACCCUGCGGAAAGCAUGGAGUCUCUGGUUUAAUGACCGCUAGGUGCAAAAAGGCACUUAAUUUGUACAACUUCAUGGACUUGGCAGACUUUUUGAGGCCUUUUUUGCCAGACUCAUGGUUAAAUAAAUAACCUGAUUACUUUUUUACACUGAAAGAAGUUUUUUAUAUUUAUUUUUGCCAUUUUUGUCUUAAUGUUAUUCUACUGAGCAUUUGCACCAGUUUUAAGUUCCCCCAAUGAAACACAGUUCUCACUAGUUUGCACUAUAUUGUCAGUGUUACUGCCUUGUUACAAUCCAAUUGACAAUAUUGAUUAUUGAGCCCCAAUUUGACAUUCCAUGGCAAUUCUUCACUCAAUUGUUAUUGAUUGAUUCUUCUGUGAGAAGGAAUAGUACAGACAAUGUAGUUCUCAGCAGUUAUCUUAUCUAUGUAACAUAUAUAGACCGAAUUACCAGGUCAUAGCUGACAGCAUUUAAAAGUGACAGUUUGUUUUUGUAUAUGACAGCAAUGUUUACUUAUUUAACUUUAUUAUACCAAUUUAUUAAGACACGCAAGGAAUAAAUAUUUUGCAUCUUAUAUAUAUUUUUUCAAAAUCCACUUAAUCCAUAAUUAUUUCUAUUCAUAAUACAUGAUAUCUCCUCAAUUUAAUAUCUUUUAAUUCAUCCAGAUAUUCCUGAAGGUUUGCCCUCUGAAAGUAAAAGACAUGCUGCAGUUUGUUUGAAGCAUGGCUUACGCUCGUCAUUUUGCAGUUGAGUCUUAUUUAAUAUUACUUGUGGCCAUUGAGACAGCAAAGUGCCCGGAGUAUGUGGUAAUUUUUUGGAGAAUAUCUAUAUUACAGAAACUGGGCAAAUAUUCAUAGAACACAUUUCAUAGGUAUACAUCAUAGUGACCAUUUGUUCUAUGCUGAAAAAUCACUAUGGAGUGACGUGAUCCAGUUUGUUAGAUUCAACAUUUUUCCCAUCUUUGCUAUAUUUUACUCAGUUUUUAUUUUAUAUUUCAUGGUUUGAUCUGAGGUGGUUUGGUUUGUGGCUUAUUAUAUAAAUAUCUAUUUUUUUUCCUCAGCAGACAAACAGGUUAAAUUAUUUGGUGUAUCCCCUGCACUGUUUGUACUGUGAGGACUAAUUUCAUUUCUUGAAAUGGUCCAAGGGUAAAACUGCUACAAGUAUUGCUGUUUGUGUUUAACGAUGCCUCAUUUUUCUCUAUCUGGCUUCUCACUUUUGCCUAUACAAAGAGUCUAAUCUAAGUCUUUGUCCUGUUAGAUACAUAGUGGAACAAUACAAGUUUAAUUAAAAAGAAAUCUUUCAUUCAUCAUAUAGCUGCCUUGGUAAUACUGUUAUUGUGAUGAAAAACAUACACUGAAGAAAAAAAUAAUAUAUUUUACCAAAGAUAUAAAAGGGAGCUUUUUUUAGUUUUCUCUAGCUAUGUUUUUCUAUUCAUGGAUAAAAAAAAAACCCAGCUGACAUAUACUAUUACAUAUAUCUUGUUGUAACAUUGCUGUGACAUGCCUUUAUGUUGUUACAAUGUUGAAGCAACAGUGUCAGAAUAUUUCUGCUAGCUGAGACAAAUAUUUUGGAUGGUUCAUUCAAUUGCUUUAAAUAAAAUGCAUUUUACCUUUUUUUGGCAUUCUUGUUUCCACAACAUCUCAUUCUCAUUUCAUGCUAAAAGUAGAAAACUGCUUUGACAUCUUCGUACUUCCUUUGUUGCACUCUAAGGUUUAUUUUUUAUUUACUUGUCAUUUAAGCCACAAGAAGUUACACAUGAAGCUAAAAUUGUGAAUAAAAAUAUAUUUUUUACUCUUGACAAGAAUUGACAGGCAAACCUUCAUUGAGAAAACGAAACACACACAUUUUGAAUCAUUUAUUUAUCGUGAAGACCUGUAGUACAUUUCUAACUUUCAAACAAAACAAUAUUGGUUAUAAUGUAUUGCACCCUUUUUUGGUCAUUUUAUUUUAUAAUAAAAUUUAUUUUGUUGCCUGGUAUUCUAAAAAUGAAUGUCAGUAAGUAAAUCACAACCUUUUAUCAUUUGGGCCAACGGUCUGGUUUUUAUAUUAACACUGUGCUGCAAUUGUGUUGCAUCUACUUUGUUGACUAUUUUUCAUUUUUUUCCGAAGUAAACUUAUGGAUAAAUAAUUCCCUAAUAUUUUGUUAAUAACACCAAUAUACGUAUAAUUUAAAAAUAUGUAUAUAUUUUACUGGUUAUACCCAUCCUAUGAACUUUGAAGCAUUGUUGUAUAGUUUUAAGAAUCAAAAAAUUUAAUAUGGAUAAUUCAUUUUUUUUUAACCAUUACUUCAUUGUGUUCAAAGUGGACCUGAUGAAACAGAUUUUUUUAUGGUGUCUCCAUAUUCAACAUUCCAAAAACCAGACACCUUCUUCGUAUUCCCUUUACCUCAUGUCCAAUCUUUUCUUCUGGUUUUCAUUUUUUAAUUCUUCAGUUAUACUCAGUUGUCAGUCUGUGUGCAAUAGAAAUGUAAGCCACUGAAUCAGUUUGUCUCAACAACCCACUUUUAAGAGAUUGGGUAAUGCCUCUUUUUUUAACUUGGAUAAAGGGAAAAGGUUUUGUUGAAAGCUAUAUUGAAUCAUUCUAUUAUAGUGUUAUUUAAUAUGUAAAUUGUAUUGCUAUACAUAUAAUAAAAUAUGGGUUUUGAUGUACUUUA